AUGGAGGCGCCUGCUGGGAAGCUGAUGAAGCCCGUCCUGGCUUUCAUUGUCCCUUGUCUUUCUGAUAUUGAAUCAGUCCAUGUCCAGGCCUUUGAUCCUUCUAGCCAAGUGCUGAUGGCGGCGGAGGUUAUGGAGAGCGAGGACUGGAGUGUGCUCAUAUGUCGUAUUUGGUCCAACCACAGCGGCGGGUUCUCGUCGAUUCAACAACGUCGCCGGGGCGCGCCGAAUGGGGAUCGUCGCCUGUGCCUGUUAGGGUCCCCUGAAACAUGGUGGGGCAACCGAUCCCAGCUGUCCACGGCCCGAUCUACAGUUCCCAUACCCAACCCUUGA